AUGACCAACGCCAUAGACGCCAUCCUCCGCUCCAACGCGCUGCGUUACCAGCCGAUGAUGGUCAAUGACAUUUUCAAGCCCUACAACUGCAGCAUCCCGUUUUUUCGCACCAUGACGGAGUACGAGCGGCGCUUCCAUCCGGGUCUCCCCGCCGGCGAUCACCCCGACCGCAAGUUUCCCUGGCUUGUCGAGCCCGGGCUGCAGUCCAUUGAGGUAUACGAGGCCAUUCUGACGCAAACCCUCGCGCAAAACCGCCCAGUGCCGCGACUCCGCGUCUACAUUUGCGAGUCGGGCGUCGUGCAGCGUCGAAGCGCAUGUUCCAUCCCCGCAGGCGGCUUACUGCGCGACAGAGGUCUCGACGACCCUCGCCGUCGGGAGACGCGCGACGUGUGCUUCACCCUUUUGAGCUACGGGGAGCAGCUGGAGGUGGCGAGGUGGCUGCACGAGCACGGCGGCGUGUCGGUGGCGCCCUGCCCGUUUGCCGCGACGCCGCUGGGGUUGUUGGUGCUGGCGAGGCCGGCGCCGGACCCGCUUUCCGAGGAGCUGGCCGCCGGAGGGCGUGGUGCACAUGGGGUGCGACGGCGUGCUGGCUUGGGCGCUGCCGAGGGAGGACGGAAGGCCGAGGCGGGGACGGUCGUAUGGUGA